GAUUUACGACGAUAUAAAAGUAUUGAGUAUAGAAAAGGAAAUUAGAUUCUGUUAUCGCCGUAAAAUUGUAUAAAAAAAUGUCUUAAGAUCAAAUAUAUUUUUAUAUCCAUUAUGUUAAAUGUUUACGACGUAUUUUUGUGGAUAUUUAUGCAAUGUAUGUUAGUACAAUGUAUAAUACCUGGGUUAAAAGUAAACAAACUCGACAAAAAACUUAUUGAAAGAAAACGCCAAGACACUUUAGAUAUGUGUAGACUAUUUGCCGCUGAGGGUGAAAAAUUAUCCUCCAAUCUAAAUCCAAUUAAAAAGAUUGCGAAUCAUGAGAAAGAACUUAGCAGAUCAAAAAGGGAAAUAAAUUUUAAAAAAGAAGGCCUUGACGUGAGUAAUGCGAGACGAAUUGAAAGUAUUGUGGACAAAUUAUAUGACGACAUAACAGAAAAUGGUAAGAAAGUGGCAUACAGGCGUAGGGAUUUCGGAAGUAAUGAUAAGGAUCACUUAAAUAAAACCAUACGAAGAUUUAACUUUGCUCCAGCCGAGUUAACUGGAUCUGCAAAUGCAAUGAAGGUUUCAACGCGCCCACCCAGUACUGAAGGCGAAGCUCCAAGAAUAGCAUGGCCAAAAAAAUGGAAACACGGCAUUGUGCCUUAUUUUAUUGACUCCAAAACUUAUGACUCUGAACUCGCUGGCAUUUUAAUAAAUGCCUUUGAUUACUUCGAGAAAACUACAUGCAUUCGUCUUCAACGACUCCGCGAUAGACCCACCGAUAAGAACUCUUUGCAGAAUGUUGAAUGGCUGUAUAUCACAAAUCCUUCAGGCAUUAGACAAUGCGUACACAGCAACGAGCGUAAAGCCAACAAAGGUGUUCAGAUGGUGGUGUUCGGCUACGAUUGCCUCUCUGUAGGUGAAAUAGUACAUGAAAUAAUGCACGUACUGGGAUUUUCUCAUGAGCACAUUCGACCAGACAGAGACCAGUAUAUCACUGUUUUAUGGAAUAACAUUAAGUCAGGUUAUAAAAAAUACUUUGAAAUUAGAACCGACGAUCUUCUACAAAAUAUUCCAUAUGACUAUGCUAGUGUACUGCAUUAUCCACCACGUGCAUUUUCUAAAAAUGGUAAAGUCACUAUAUUUACUAAGUCUGGAAUAAAACUUGGGCAACGCCAAGGACUAAGUGAAACAGAUGUUGAGAAAAUUGGACUAAUAUAUGGAAAUGAAUGUGUGGAUCGUAACAAACAAUAUCUCUUAAAAACUUGUCCAAGCGUUGUAAAAAUAAGAACACAACCGAAAAACGUAACACAUAAAGAAGUAGUUGAAUAUUUCAAAGAUAGAUUGUGGCCAUAUGGAGUGGUCAAUUAUAAAAUUAAAGACAAAAUGGAAUUUUCUGCAGAAGAAAUUGAGAAUAUUAAAACAGUUAUUCGUCAUAUUGAACAAGAAACUUGUAUUAAGUUUCGAGAGCUUUAUGAUAAAGAUGACAAAACACCUAAUUAUAAAGAUAUUGAUAACAAGGAAAAUAUUUAUAAAAGUGUGUUAGAAAAUGAAAUUUAUAACGAUGACAACAGUAAUAAUAGAUUUUCUCAUCAAAUAAGGAGACAGUAUAAAAAUAACCCCGAAAUUGAUGAUAAAAACCAAUUUGAUAAUAUUAUAACUAAUAACAUACAAAAUGACACUAGAAGUACAUCUGUUCCGACAGAAUCUACUGUACAAUACGCAACGACGUCAAAAAACACGCAAGGUGCAGACAAUAAACUCGGGUCGCCUAGUCGUCGACACGUUGAAAAUAUACUAACAUUUACGAGAUCACUUAAGCCAGGGUGUGCAUGCCCGGAACCUGGAAAACCUAAAGGAAAUAAAGUAUUACAAAUUAAUUCCGAUUGUUUCAACUCAGUAAAUGAUCUACUUCACUUAUUCGUCCAUAUAUUGGGUCUAGAUCAUCAACACAAUAUGUACGACCGCGAUUCCUUUUUGCAUAUACUUUGGAAAAAUCUUACCGAAGAUAUCAAAACGGAUUUGCAACAAAUUUUACCUCCAGCUGCAUCUGUUGGUUUUGCAUAUGAUUACCAAAGCGUAAUGCAUUAUCCAUGGUUACAAAUAAAAAAUGGCGUUUCUAAUAUUAUGUAUCCAAUUUGGAACGAUGGUUGGGCAAUGGGUCACUGGCAAGGUUUGAGUUCGACAGACGUAAGCAAAAUUAAUCUGCUGUAUACGAAAGAAUGCCGUGCACUUGAAUUUGCAGAAAAUCAAGUGCUUGCACAAUAA